CACAGCCCAUCCAAACCCAUCCACAUAAAGCUGAUCUCCAUCCCAUUACGAUGACCAAAACCAUCGGCGACAACAUGAACCAAGAUACAAGUGUAAGUACAGCUCCUUACCAAUCCAGAUCCAACAACCCACCAUUUCUCAUUCUCCAUCACUGAAAAUAAUCUGAUUACCGUCCAUAUCCCCAACCUAUCCAGACCACAACCGCCAUGAACAAAACCACCACUCGUAAAAGAAGAGCAGCCUGUGAUGAUAACGACAACGACUCCUCCAACAACCAUACCUCCACAGGCUCUCUCAACAACCUCACCCCCAACGCAACCAACAAUGAAGAAAACAGCCACCAACCCUUCAAACGCCCUCGUCUCCCCUCCCCCUUCACCAGACAAGCUGAGCGGUUUGAAGAGGCUUUGAACAGAGAAAUUGAAGACCAGGAAGAUGCCCUCCGCAUAAACGAGUACCGGAUGCUUGCGGUGCGGGCCUUGGAGAACGAGGCGCAUGAUAGAGCGUUUAGGGAUGCUAUGGAUGUGAGCUCGACUUAUCAGCAGCAACAGCAGUAUAUCUCCACACAGAAUCCAUCUGUUGCUGCUGCUGUUGAUGAAGACAUGGACAUGGAUGUCGAUGGUGACGAUUAUCAUAACCCUCAACUUGAGGUUCAUAACGGGAAUGGAGAAGGAGAAGAAGGGAAAAUGGUAGUAAGUUCCGAAUAUCUCGUCCCCUGUUCGUGGUGAGGUAUGAAUAACAUCACAUUCUCACCACCCCUCUCAUCACCACCAGACACCCACAGCCCAAGAGGCAACACAACCAACCAUCCCAACCCAAAGCGGCUGCCUAACCAGC